UUGCCCUUUUGUUGGGUCUGACUCGGACUAGUGACACUUCCGUCUCGGCUAGAAUAUUUUUAUCUGGAACGGCUGUCGGUUCUUGAGAUGAUACCACCACUGAAUGUCUCCUUGUCAUUGUCUAGUCCAACCUAGACGUGUGGAUAUCCGCAAGGCUCUGGCAAAACCUUUUGCAGGUCACGUCGGGCAUGGAGCUGGAGCAUUAUGAACAGCCCGUGGUUCUGAGAGAGGACAACGGCCGCCGGCGCCGGAGGAUGAAGCCGCGCAGCUCCGCGGCCAGCCUGUCCUCCAUGGAGCUCAUCCCCAUCGAGUUCGUGCUGCCCACCAGCCAGCGCAACAGCAAGACCCCCGAGACGGCGCUGCUGCACGUGGCCGGCCACGGCAACGUGGAGCAGAUGAAGGCCCAGGUGUGGCUGCGCGCGCUGGAGACGAGCGCGGCGGCGGACUUCUACCACCGGCUCGGCCCGGACCACUUCCUCCUGCUCUACCAGAAGAAGGGCCAGUGGUACGAGAUCUACGACAAGCACCAGGUGGUGCAGACCCUGGACUGCCUGCGCUACUGGCAGGUGCUGCACCGCAGCCCGGGCCAGAUCCACGUGGUGCAGCGGCACGCGCCCUCCGAGGAGACGCUGGCCUUCCAGCGGCAGCUCACCGCCCUGAUCGGCUACGACGUCACCGACGUCAGCAACGUGCACGACAACGAGCUCGAGUUCACGCGCCGCCGCCUGGUCACGCCGCGCAUGGUCGAGGUGGCCGGCCGCGACCCCAAGCUCUACGCCAUGCACCCGUGGGUGACCUCCAAGCCCCUCCCCGAGUACCUGCUGAAGAAGAUCACCAACAACUGCAUCUUCAUCAUCAUUCACCGCAGCACCACCAGCCAGACCAUCAAGGUCUCGGCCGACGACACCCCAGGCACCAUCCUCCAGAGCUUCUUCGCCAAGAUGGCCAAGAAGAAGUCUCUGAUGGAUAUCCCCGAGAGCCAAAGCGAACAGGAUUUUGUGCUGCGCGUCUGCGGCCGGGACGAGUACCUGGUAGGUGAAACGCCCAUCAAAAACUUCCAGUGGGUGAGGCAUUGCCUCAAGAACGGAGAGGAGAUUCACCUGGUGCUGGACUCGCCUCCAGACCCAGCCCUGGACGAGGUGAGGAAAGAAGAAUGGCCACUGGUGGACGACUGCACGGGAGUCACUGGCUACCACGAGCAGCUGACCAUCCACGGGAAGGACCACGAGAGCGUGUUCACCGUGUCCCUGUGGGACUGCGACCGGAAGUUCAGGGUCAAAAUCAGAGGCAUUGAUAUCCCCGUCCUGCCCCGGAACGCCGACCUCACGGUUUUUGUGGAGGCAAACAUCCAGCACGGGCAGCAGGUCCUUUGCCAGAGGAGAACCAGCCCCAAACCCUUCACGGAGGAGGUGCUCUGGAAUGUGUGGCUUGAGUUCAGUAUCAAAAUCAAAGACUUACCCAGAGGGGCUCUACUGAACCUCCAGAUCUACUGCAGCAAAGCUCCAGCGCUGUCUGGCAAGGCCUCUGCAGAGACUCCCGGUUCCGAGUCCAAAGGCAAAGCUCAGCUUCUCUAUUACGUGAACCUGCUGCUGAUAGACCACCGGUUCCUGCUGCGCCACGGGGAGUACGUGCUCCACAUGUGGCAGAUCUCCGGAAAGGGGGAGGACCAAGGGAGCUUCAGUGCGGACAAGCUCACGUCGGCAACCAACCCAGACAAGGAGAACUCCAUGUCCAUCUCCAUUCUUCUGGACAACUACUGUCACCCAAUCGCCUUGCCUAAGCAUCGGCCCACCCCUGACCCCGAAGGGGACCGGGUGCGAGCGGAAAUGCCCAACCAGCUUCGGAAGCAACUGGAAGCGAUCAUAGCCACUGAUCCACUUAACCCUCUCACCGCAGAGGACAAAGAAUUGCUCUGGCAUUUUAGAUAUGAAAGUCUUAAGCAUCCAAAGGCCUAUCCUAAGCUGUUUAGCUCCGUAAAAUGGGGACAGCAAGAAAUCGUAGCCAAAACAUACCAACUGUUAGCCAGACGGGAGGUCUGGGACCAAAGUGCUUUGGAUGUUGGGUUAACGAUGCAACUCCUGGACUGCAACUUUUCCGACGAAAACGUAAGAGCCAUCGCAGUUCAGAAACUGGAGAGCUUGGAGGAUGACGAUGUCCUGCAUUACCUGCUGCAGCUGGUCCAGGCUGUGAAAUUUGAACCAUAUCAUGACAGCGCCCUGGCCCGAUUUCUGCUGAAGCGAGGCUUAAGAAACAAAAGAAUUGGUCAUUUCUUGUUUUGGUUCUUGAGAAGCGAGAUAGCCCAGUCCAGGCACCAUCAGCAGAGGUUUGCCGUGAUCCUGGAAGCCUAUCUGAGGGGCUGCGGCACGGCCAUGCUACACGACUUCACCCAACAAGUUCAAGUGAUCGAGAUGCUGCAGAAGGUCACCAUUGAUAUUAAAUCGCUCUCUGCUGAAAAGUAUGAUGUCAGUUCCCAAGUUAUUUCACAACUUAAGCAAAAGCUCGAAAACCUGCAGAAUUCGAAUCUCCCAAAAAGCUUUAGAGUGCCGUAUGACCCUGGACUGAAGGCAGGAGCAUUGGUGAUUGAAAAAUGUAAAGUGAUGGCCUCCAAGAAAAAGCCCCUGUGGCUUGAGUUUAAAUGUGCUGAUCCUACAGCCCUAUCCAAUGAAACGAUUGGAAUUAUCUUUAAACAUGGUGACGAUCUGCGCCAAGACAUGCUGAUUUUACAGAUUCUACGAAUCAUGGAAUCCAUUUGGGAGACUGAAUCUUUGGAUCUGUGCCUCCUGCCAUAUGGUUGCAUUUCAACUGGGGACAAAAUAGGCAUGAUCGAGAUCGUGAAAGAUGCCACGACAAUUGCUAAAAUACAGCAAAGCACAGUGGGCAACACGGGCGCAUUCAAAGAUGAGGUCCUGAAUCACUGGCUCAAAGAAAAAUGCCCUAUUGAAGAAAAGUUUCAGGCAGCCGUGGAGAGAUUUGUUUAUUCCUGCGCUGGCUACUGUGUGGCCACCUUUGUUCUUGGAAUAGGCGACAGGCACAACGACAAUAUUAUGAUCACAGAGACAGGCAUUUUCUCCUCCGAAGGAAACCUGUUUCAUAUUGACUUUGGACACAUUCUUGGGAAUUACAAAAGUUUCCUGGGCAUUAAUAAAGAGAGAGUGCCGUUUGUGCUAACCCCAGACUUCCUGUUUGUGAUGGGAACUUCUGGAAAGAAGACAAGCCUGUACUUCCAGAAAUUUCAGGACGUCUGCGUCAAGGCUUACCUAGCCCUUCGUCACCACACAAACCUGCUGAUCAUCCUGUUCUCCAUGAUGCUGAUGACGGGAAUGCCCCAGUUAACAAGCAAAGAAGAUAUCGAAUAUAUUCGGGAUGCCCUAACAGUGGGGAAGAAUGAGGAGGAAGCUAAGAAGUAUUUCCUUGAUCAGAUCGAAGUUUGCAGGGACAAAGGAUGGACGGUGCAGUUUAACUGGUUCCUGCAUCUUGUUCUGGGCAUCAAACAAGGAGAGAAACAUUCAGCCUAAUUCUCCGGGCUAGAAUGCAAAACUAGUUCGUGUCCUAAAGCUCUAAGUCAGCAUGUCUGUCAUCGAACUCGGAUCUAAAAUGUCACAGGACAUCAUGAAGGCUGGCACCUCAGAAAGACAGCCCUGUUCCUGGCUGAACUCUUCACUGGAAGAAAACACUGGCAUGUCAGAUUAAGCCACAUUCGGUUUUAGGCUUAUGCGCAGGUUUCUUUUUUUCUCAUUCGCCUCGGUGAUGUUGGAGAACAUUCUUAGUUUGAACACAUUACUUCCUCAUUGUGCCUGCUGAUUUGACUAUCUUAUUAUUGAGUGCUUCUUGAGAAUAAUUGGUGACAUCUCUUUUCAUCUGGGUUUACUCUCAAUUUUGGUUAUUCUUGGGUUCCUCAAGCCCUUGAGAGAAAAAGAUGUCAUCACCGUAACCUUUCUCUCAUUCCCGGAAAGACACUUCCAAACAUCCCCCUCCAUGUCUGGAGAGGUUAGCGAUUUGCUAAAAGCAAAGGAAGGAGACUUAGCCUUUCCAUUGUCUUUUGUAAUUAGGGUCUUUUACAGUAUACAACCAAGACGUACAAACACACACUGGAAAACCUGAACCUUUGUGCCCUGACCCUUCCCUGCUGGUCUGGCUGCAGGAUUACAAAGAGGAAUAGCAGAGAUGAGACCAUUAGUCUCAACUCUGCCCAAGAGUAAAUUGUCAAGUACAGUUACCCCAGCCUUUUCUACCGUGGAAACAGGAGGAAACUAAAGGGACUCUUUUUUUCUUUUACCUUUUUAUCUUCCUCCCUGCCUCCCUUCUUCCUUAAUGGCUAACCCUCCCACAACUUUUUACCCAAGUUGUGAAAUCCUCAAGAACACAUCGACCCUAGAAUUCAAACAGCAGUUGAAAAACAAUUUCUCCUCUAGGGUUACUGGAAUUUUAGGUACUUAUUUGUAAAAAUGUUUGGUGGAGUUUUUUUUUUUUUAACUGUAUUAUUAAAGAGGACAUUCUAGGAAAUAUG